AUGCCGCACCGAACGUAUAAUAUCGCCAUGGUUAGCGAUUUCUUCUUCCCCCAGCCGGGAGGCGUCGAGAGUCACAUCUAUCAGCUUGCCUCCAAGUUAAUCGACCGAGGUCAUAAAGUCAUCGUGAUAACUCAUGCUUAUGACGAUCGGAAAGGAGUUCGCUAUCUCACAAACGGCAUCAAGGUCUUCCACGUCCCCUUCGCCGUUAUUUACCGAUCUGCCACCUUUCCUACCGUAUUCUCCUUCUUUCCCUUAUUUCGGAACAUCAUCCUUCGCGAAAAGAUCCAGAUUGUUCACGGUCAUGCCAGCUUGAGCACCCUCUGCCAGGAGGCAAUGCUACAUGCCAGGACCAUGGGCCUACGAACCGUCUUUACCGAUCAUUCGUUGUUUGGCUUCGCUGAUGCGGCAAGCAUCUUGACUAAUAAACUGCUCAAGUUCACACUCAGCGAUGUCGACCACGUAAUAUGCGUCAGUAAUACAUGCAAGGAAAACACAGUUCUUAGAGCAGCCCUAGAUCCUCUCAUGGUCUCUGUUAUUCCUAAUGCUCUCGUCUCCGAAAAUUUCAAGCCUCUACCCCGUCCAGACCUAAGUAGCCUACCAUUUGUCCAACAUCCUUUACCAGCGCACCCUCUCGGACCCAACGACACCCUCACCAUCGUUGUUAUUAGUCGUCUAUUUUACAACAAGGGAACAGAUCUCCUCAUAGCUGCCAUCCCUCGAAUUCUAGAGAACCACCCAAAUACUCGUUUCAUCAUCGCCGGCUCGGGGCCAAAGGCUAUCGAACUAGAGCAGAUGAUCGAACAGAACGUGCUACAGGACAAGAUCGAGAUGCUAGGGCCCGUGCGACACGAAAAUGUACGAGACGUGAUGGUGAGGGGUCACGUCUACCUACACCCCAGUCUCACAGAAGCCUUUGGGACAGUCAUCGUCGAAGCCGCCAGCUGCGGUUUAUACGUCGUAUGCACAGCCGUCGGAGGUAUUCCCGAGGUGCUUCCGUCACAUAUGACGGUAUUCGCGAAGCCCGAGGAGGAUGACCUAGUAACCGCAACAGGGAGGGCUAUUGCGGCUCUCCGUGCGAAUAAAGUCCGCACGGAGAAGUUCCACGACCAGGUCAAGGCCAUGUACUCAUGGACCAACGUAGCGAAGCGCACCGAACGCGUCUAUCAAGGCAUAUCGGGGGAUGUCAGCGAGGCCGAAUUUUACGGCUUCGAUGUUAAUCAUGACCCACAUUGGCAUGCCACACGCGGGCGCAACUUUUCUCUCAUUGACCGGCUCAAGCGCUACUAUGGUUGCGGUGUCUGGGCUGGCAAGUUGUUCUGCCUGUGCGUCAUCAUCGACUACCUGAUAUUUGUAUUUUGCGAAUGGUUCUGGCCUAGGGACCGGAUCGAUUUCGCGCGGGAUUGGCCGCGAAAGAAAUUUGAAGGCGACGACGAUGAUUAG